GUUAAGAAGCAAGAAGCAGCCCGGGGAAGGUGGCAAAACAGAAAUGAGAAAGAAGAGCAGCACGUGGGGAGUGGUGGUCCCAGCGAUGCCCCCAGACAAAUGUCUAGCAGAGGAUCUUCUACUUCAAUCUGAGUUUCCAAGGAGCUCAGCCAUGGCAGUUCCGCUCCCCGCCCAACCCAUCAGAGUCCUCCUUUUUGGUGGGACCCUAAUGUGAAACAAGGGGGCGCUUUUCAAGUGGCUCCCGCCAAGCUGAGAAGGAACAUCCCAAGAUGCCAAGUAGAGAGAGAGGCGACCUGGAACGCUGCCAGGUACCUGAGAGGGGAGUGGCCAGAGGCAAAGGUGAGGCGUGAGGGACUCCCUUACCUGUCGCAGGAGCUUCCACCGGGAGGCUCCCAGGGACGCCGAGACUGCGGGUCCCCGUGUGGUGCCACCAAAUGUCGGACCCUCACCCUCGGCGACUUCUGUCUCUCCCACCCCGGAGUCCGAGACUCGCGACUCCAUCCCAACCGAGCUGUCUACUAGCAGAGAUGCCGCCGAAACAGCUCUCCCCUGUCAGGACCUGCCAACUUCUUCUCUGUCAGGACCUGUAACGCCCGCCCUCUCGCCUACGGCUCUUGCGCGCGCCCUCCCCGAAUUCCGCAUUUCCGGUAUUCUCAUCUCCUUGGCAACCAAGGUAGCGCUGUCUCGCGUCAUUGCACCAUUUUGCUGGCAGCCAUCUUGAGUAAGGGCGGACCAGAGCACGAGGAAACUGUGGCAGAGCUAGUGAGAUGCUGUUACUCUUCGUUUUCGCCUUUCCAGCUCCGUCUCCAGCUCAGAAGACUAGAAAAGAUCCUAAAGUAUUAUAUCUUUGAAGACUAAAGAACUCGAGUGAAGGGAGAAAAAAAAAAAAAAAAAAAAAAAAAAAACCAUUGUUGACCACAAUAAAGAUGGCGAAAUGUGCUUAGUACUCGUACUGGUUUGGCGUUACGUAGAUUGGCGUGCUGCAAACCAGCUCUGGGCGGCUCUUGGUAGGUUGUGGUCCUGCUGACUGCAGACCACUGACUUCAGGCAGCCCCAAGGGGAGCAUAAACCAGGGACUUUGAUAUGAUGCAACAGAAGACCAAAUUAUUUCUCCGGGCUUUGAAGUAUAGUAUUCUUCACCUUGGGAAAUGCAUGCAGAAACAGCAUUUGAAUCAUUAUAACCUCGCUGAUCAUUAUUACAAUACAAUAAAAUUGAAAAAAUAUCACCUAACCAAGUGUCUGCAGAAUAAAACCAAGAUAUCAGAGUUAGCAAGAAACAUCCCAAGUCGGAGCUUCUCAUGUAAGGAUCUUCUGCCUAUUAAACAAGAAAACGAAAAAUCCCUUACAGAAAACAUGGAUGCAUUUGAAAAAGUGAGAACAAAAUUAGAAACACAACCACAAGAAGAAUAUGAAAUCAUCAAUGCAGAGGUUAAACAUGGUGGCUUUGUUUAUUAUCAAGAAGGAUGCUGCUUGGUUCGUUCCAAAGAUGAAGAAGCAGACAGUGAGAAUUAUGAAGUUCUGUUCAAUUUGGAAGAACUUAAAUUAGACCAGCCCUUCAUUGAUUGCAUCAGAGUUGCUCCAGAUGAGAAAUAUGUAGCCGCCAAGAUAAGAACUGAGGAUUCUGAAGCAUCGACCUGUAUAGUUGUAAAGCUUACUGAUCAGCCUGUAAUGGAAGCUUCUUUCCCAAAUGUGUCCAGUUUUGAAUGGGUAAAGGAUGAAGAAGAUGAAGAUGUUUUAUUCUAUACCUUCCAGAGGAACCUUCGCUGUCAUGAUGUAUAUCGAGCCACUUUUGGGGAUAACAAACGUAAUGAACGUUUUUACACAGAAAAAGACCCAAGCUUUUUUGUUUUCCUUUAUCUUACAAAAGAUAGUCGUUUUCUCACCCUAAAUAUUAUGAACAAGACCACUUCUGAAGUGUGGUUAAUAGAUGGCCUGAGCCCUUGGGACCCACCAGUACUUAUUCAGAAGCGAAUACACGGGGUCCUCUACUAUGUUGAACACAGAGAUGAUGAAUUAUACAUUCUUACUAACGUUGGAGAGCCUACAGAAUUCAAGCUAAUGAGAACAGCAGCUGAUACCCCUGCUAUUAUGAAUUGGGAUUUAUUUUUCACAAUGAAGAGAAAUACCAAAGUUGUAGACUUGGACAUGUUUAAGGAUCACUGUGUUCUCUUCCUGAAGCACAGCAAUCUACUUUAUGUUAAUGUGAUUGGUCUGGCUGAUGAUUCAGUUCGAUCUCUAAAGCUCCCUCCUUGGGCCUGUGGAUUCAUAAUGGAUACAAAUUCUGACCCGAAGAACUGCCCCUUUCAACUUUGCUCUCCGAUACGACCCCCAAAAUAUUACACGUAUAAGUUUGCAGAAGGCAAACUCUUUGAGGAAACUGGGCAUGAAGACCCAAUCACAAAGACUAGUCGUGUUUUACGUCUAGAAGCCAAAAGCAAAGAUGGAAAAUUAGUGCCAAUGACUAUUUUUCACAAAACGGACACUGAAGACUUGCAGAAGAAACCUCUCUUGGUACAUGUAUAUGGAGCUUAUGGAAUGGAUUUGAAAAUGAAUUUCAGACCUGAGAGGCGGGUCUUGGUGGACGAUGGAUGGAUACUAGCAUACUGCCAUGUUAGGGGAGGUGGUGAGCUAGGCCUCCAGUGGCACACUGAUGGCUGCCUAACUAAAAAACUCAAUGGCCUUGCUGACUUAGAGGCUUGCAUUAAGACGCUUCAUGGCCAAGGCUUUUCUCAGCCAAGUCUAACAAGCCUGACUGCUUUCAGUGCUGGAGGGGUGCUUGUGGGAGCACUGUGUAAUUCUAAUCCGGAGCUCCUGAGAGCUGUGACUUUAGAGGCACCUUUCUUGGAUGUUCUCAAUACCAUGAUGGACACUACUCUUCCUCUGACAUUAGAAGAAUUAGAAGAAUGGGGAAAUCCUUCAUCUGAUGAAAAACACAAGAGCUACAUAAAACAUUACUGUCCCUGUGAAAACAUUAAACCUCAGCAUUAUCCUUCAGUUCACAUCACAGCUUAUGAAAACGAUGAACGCGUUCCUCUGAAAGGAAUUGUGAACUACACAGAGAAGCUCAAGGAAGCUGUCAUGGAGUAUUCUAAGAUCGCAGGCGAAGGAUAUCAGAACCCUAAUGUUAUUUUAGAUAUUCAGCCUGGAGGAAAUCAUGUGAUUGAGGAUUCUCACAAAAAGAUUACAGCUCAAAUUAAAUUCCUGUAUGAAGAACUUGGACUUGACAGCACCAGUGUUUUUGAGGAUCUUAAGAAAUAUCUAAAAUUCUGA